AUGGCCAAGAAAGGCAAGGAAAAGGCGACCGCUCCCGCUCCCGCCCCGGCGCCAGCUUCACAGUCCGCAGCUGGGAAGACGAAAAAUGGACCCAAAGACAGCAAGAAGGGCGCUGCCCCUUCCCCCAUGGAACAGGCUGCUGGCCCUGUAGCCGGGCCUCCUAAGCCUACGGUGAAACAGAUCAUCGGAGGCUCCUCGUGGACCGGCAAACUCCCCGUCAAUCUCCUCAACGAGCACUGCCAGAAGCAACAAUGGGAGAAGCCAGAAUAUGAUAUGCGCAGGACGCCUGAGGGGUACUCGUGUCUUAUUACUCUGAGCGCAAAGGAUCCCAAAACCCACGAGAUGACGAGGCUAGACCCUUUCAAAAUCCCGGCAGAGUACAAGCAUCUGCUCACCAAACCCACCGCCUUGGAAGCGAGGCACUGCGCCGCCACCUACGGUCUUUUCCGCGUUUGCAGCAUGCAAAACAAACACACGGUGCUGCCUCCGGAUUACAAGUCCCUAUGGAAAGAGUUCCAGGCUCUCAAGCAAAAGGAUCUCAAGGAAGACAAAGCCUGGAUGUACGAUGCCGAUCCGUUCAAGACGCUCCGAGAUCGACAGGAUGCCAAGGCGGCUCUCGAGAAGAAGAGAAAAGAGAUGGAGAGGAUAAGAGAAAAGGCCAAAGCCAUGCCCGGUGCCGCAGGCCUUUCUUUUGUUGGAACAUCCAAAGCUGGCGUCUCGAACCCCAUGAAGGGAUGGACGAACAUUCCGAAGAUCGAGAUGGGCAAGAAGUCCAGGGCCCAGGUCGAGGCCUUGAUCCAGAGCCGCGUCAUUUGGAACCCCAACCAGGUCCGAAUGUCGGAUGCGCAGCGGCAGGUUGUCGUCGCUGACCUGUCAAAACUCGGCUUUCGGCGGAGUCAUGUCGAAGAGGCGGCGGACAUUUGCAAGGACCGCGAGGAGACGCUCGAGUGGCUGCUGAUCCACGUUCCUGAGGACGACAUGCCGCGGUGGGCUCUCCCCGAGAGUUAUUCCGCAGGGAUCACGGUGGGCGCCAUGGAUCUGAAGAAAGAGACGGCCAUCAAGCGUCUGUCUGAGUCUGGAUACGCGCUAGAUCUCUGCGCGCGCGUUUACGAGGCAUGCGGGUGUGAUGAAGGCCGAGCCGCCGAGGCGCUCCAGCAGCGCCUGAUGGGGUCAGAUGCCGGCGACCACCCUGCCAUCACAGCCUCCGACCUCGUUCCCUCUGGGAUGACUGCUGAAGAGCUUUGGGAGGACGAAGUUGGGGCCCUGGAAUCGUUCUUCGGCGGUCAGUUCACAAGGAAAUCCACCGACGUCAUCCAAGUGAAGCUCGAGUCUGUUGCGAACGGGCACCAGAGAGACGUCGAAGUCCUUAUCCAAGUACGAAAAUCGCCUAACUAUCCAGCCCAGCUAGUGAUUUCUGUGCUUGCCCAGCUCCCAGCCCAGGUGAAACUCUCUAUUACCAAGCUGGUCCUUGCGUUCAUUGCCGAAUCCUACUCCGAGGAACCGAUGAAGGUCUUCGUGGCAAUCGACUGGAUCCAGCAAAACAUCAAUUCCGUCGUGGAGAAUCCCGGGAAACUCGUCGAAGUUUCCUCGGUCAGUUCUACCGCGUCUGAAGCUCCGGGUACCCUACAUCCCAGGCCGCCAGCCGCGAAGUUUUCCAAGCACCCCAGGCCCACUCGCUGGGUAUCUGACGCCCGAAGCCGGGAGGAAUGGCUCAGGAGACAGGGGUCUCCCAAAUGGAAGGAGAUGAUGUCGAAACGCCAGCAGCUCCCAGCUUGGCAGGCGCGGGAGACGAUCAUCGAGGCUGUUGCCAAGAACCAUGUGACCAUCAUCAGCGGCGAGACGGGUUCUGGCAAGUCGACGCAGUCGAUGCAGUUCGUCCUAGACGAUCUUUACAGCCAAGGACUCGGGUCAUGUGCGAAAAUGUUCGUCACCCAACCGAGACGUAUCUCAGCACUGGGUCUUGCGGAUCGCGUCGCGGAAGAGCGGUGCUCCCCCGUUGGGCAGGAAGUGGGUUACGCCAUCCGAGGCGAGAGCCGGGUGUCUCAGCAGACCCGUAUCACUUUUGUGACGACCGGCGUUCUCUUGCGUCGACUGCAGACUUCGGGGGGGAGGGUCGAGGAUGUAGCGGCCUCUUUGGCCGAUGUCAGCCAUAUCGUCAUCGAUGAGGUACACGAACGCAGCCUGGAUACGGACUUUCUCCUCACGAUUCUCAGGGAGGUCAUGAAGACCCGGAAAGAUCUUUUGAGGCUGGUCCUGAUGAGCGCUACACUGGACGCCGGCUCGUUCAAGGAGUACUUUGUCUCUCAAGGUCUCCAUGUAGGCCUCGUCGAGAUCCCAGGACGAACCUUUCCUGUAGAGGACUUCUACCUCGACGACAUCGUCAGCAUGACGGGCUUCCGCUCCUAUACAGACGAUGUGCAGGGGGAGACAAUGGGGAAAACGAUCCAAAGCCUCGGCCAUCGCAUCAACUAUGAUCUCUUAACGGAAACGAUCGUCACCAUUGACUUGGAGCUGUCAUACGCUGAGAAGACUGGCGGUAUACUUGUGUUCCUCCCGGGGGUCGCCGAGAUCAAUCAGACAUGCAGGGCGUUGUCGGGCCAUUCAUCGCUCUAUGUCCUUCCCCUCCAUGCUUCGCUCGAGACGAAGGAACAGAAGCGCGUCUUCGGCAGGGCCCCUCCGGGCAAGAGGAAAGUGGUUGUGGCCACCAACGUGGCCGAGACGUCCAUUACCAUCGACGAUAUUGUGGCGGUGGUGGACUCUGGCAAGGUGAAGCAGACCACGUUCGACCCUCAAAACAACAUGCGGAAACUCGAGGAGAUGUGGGCAUCUAGGGCGGCUUGCAAGCAGAGACGGGGACGCGCGGGCCGGAUCCAGGCCGGAAAGUGCUACAAGCUCUUCACGCGCAGGCUCGAGCAGCAAAUGGCCGAGCGGCCGGAGCCGGAGAUCCGACGGGUGCCGCUGGAGCAAAUGUGCCUGUCGGUGCGGGCCAUGGGGGUGCGAGACGUCGCGUCCUUCCUCGCGCGGUCUCCGACGCCCCCCGAGAGCACGGCGGUGGAAGGCGCCAUGAGGCUUCUGGGGCGGAUGGGCGCACUCGAUGGCGACGAGCUCACGGCGCUGGGCCAGCAGCUGGCCAUGAUACCGGCGGACCUGCGGUGCGGGAAGCUCAUGGUGUACGGGGCCAUCUUCGGGUGCCUGGACGACAGCGUGACGGUCUCGGCCAUCCUGAGCACCAAGAGCCCGUUCGUCUCCCCGCCGGACAAGCGCGACCUGGCCAAGGAGGCGCGGAUGCGGUUCGACCAGGGCGACGGCGACCUGCUGACCGACCUCGCGGCGUACAAGGAAUGGGCGGCGAUGCGGGCGGACGGCGCGGCGCCCCGGAGCCUGCGGGCGUUUUGCGACGACAACUUCCUGUCGUUCCUGACGCUGUCGGAUAUCGCGGCGACGAGGACGCAGUAUUACGCGGCGCUGGGGGAGAUUGGCAUCGUGUCGCCGAGGGAGGCGGGGGCCUCGGCCGACAGGAGACGCCAGCACCAGCACCAGCACCAGCACCAGCACCAGCAAGACGGCGCGGCCUAUGCGACGCGGACUAUGCUGCGGGCGCUCACGGCGUCGGCGUUCAGUCCGCAGAUUGCGCGGAUCCAGUUCCCGGAAAAGAAGUUUGUGAAUUCCGUUUCCGGUGCGGUGGAGCUGGACCCCGAGGCGCGGAUGAUCAAGUACUUCACGCAAGAACAGGGACGGGUGUUUGUGCACCCCAGCAGCACGGUGUUUGACAGCCAGGGGUUCUCUGGGAACGCGGCCUUUAUGUCUUACUUUAGCAUGAUUUCGACGAGCAAGACGUUUAUUCGAGAUUUGACACCUUUCAACGCGUACACGCUGCUCUUGUUCUCUGGAGCGAUCGAGCUGGAUACCAUGGGCCGGGGGCUGGUCGUCGACGGGUGGCUACGGCUCCGAGGCUGGGCCAGGCUGGGCGUACUGGUUUCGAGGCUACGAGGGAUGGUGGACGACGUGAUUCGACUCAAGGUGGAGAAUCCCGGCCUGGAUCUCCGGGAUAACAAAGUGAUUCGGACCGUUGCGAGACUUAUUGAACUCGACGGGCUGGACGCAUGA